UUUAAUGCGAUUUUACAAAUGGAGCAGCAAGUUGAGACCAUUCUUGAAAAAGUCAUGGAGGUGCCUGGAAAUGUAGGAUGUCUUCUAGCAAACAACCAAGGGCUAUGUUUAGGAGCGAAAGGAAAUGCGUCCGAGCAUUCGGCGGGAUUAAUAGUAGCUAUAUCGAACUUGGCCUCACAACUAGAUCCAAAAUGCAGUGCUCCAGUGGUUUCUCUAGAGUCUUCCGAUAGAAUUUGUUUAAUACACAAGCAUGGCAUUACAGGGGCAAUUUUUAAACAAAAAUAAACUAAACAAGCCAAGGAAAGCAUGAAUGUACAAACGUGCAAAUAAACUCUUUUUUAUUUCAACUCAUACA